AUGAACUCGGUAGUACCCGGAGAUUCCCCGGGGAUCCGGCUCCUUGGGACGGCCCGGAUGCCCCCAACCUCGUAGCACCUCCCACCGCGCUUCCCUUUGAUGUUUUGGUACGCCGUGCGCAUGCGCCUCACAUUAGAAUUACUGCACUGGGCAGACUAAGUUGGAUCUCUUCUCUUCAGUGAAACCUUCAAUCCCCUCAAAAACUAAAGGGAUGUGGAGAGUCCGGAAAAGAGGCUACUUUGGGAUUUGGUCAUUCCCCUUAAUAAUCGCCGCUGUCUGUGCGCAGAGUGUCAAUGACCCUAGUAAUAUGUCGCUGGUUAAAGAGACGGUGGAUAGACUCCUGAAAGGCUAUGACAUUCGUCUGAGACCAGAUUUUGGAGGUCCUCCCGUGGCUGUGGGAAUGAACAUAGACAUUGCCAGCAUCGAUAUGGUUUCUGAAGUGAAUAUGGAUUAUACCUUGACAAUGUACUUUCAGCAAGCCUGGAGAGAUAAGAGGCUAUCCUAUAAUGUAAUACCUUUAAACUUGACUCUGGACAAUAGAGUGGCAGACCAGCUCUGGGUGCCUGAUACCUACUUCCUGAAUGAUAAGAAGUCAUUUGUGCACGGAGUGACUGUAAAGAACCGCAUGAUCCGCCUGCAUCCUGAUGGCACAGUCCUUUAUGGACUCAGAAUCACAACUACAGCUGCCUGCAUGAUGGACCUAAGGCGGUACCCACUGGACGAGCAAAACUGCACCUUGGAAAUUGAAAGCUAUGGGUAUACAACUGAUGACAUUGAGUUCUACUGGCGAGGGGAUGAUAACGCAGUGACAGGAGUAACAAAGAUUGAACUUCCACAGUUCUCCAUCGUAGACUACAAACUUAUCACCAAGAAGGUCGUUUUUUCCACAGGUUCCUAUCCCAGGUUGUCCCUCAGCUUUAAGCUUAAAAGAAAUAUUGGCUACUUUAUCCUGCAAACGUACAUGCCUUCCAUCCUGAUUACCAUCCUCUCCUGGGUCUCCUUCUGGAUUAAUUACGAUGCUUCAGCUGCAAGAGUGGCAUUAGGUAGGCCGUUUUCCAACUGCUCAUGGAGUUUGACUCUGUAUGUGUGCUUGUGUUUUUAUAAAGAUAUUAAACAAAAUGGGACCCAAUAUCGAUCCUUGUGGGACCCUACUGGAAACUUCUCCCCAACUAGACGGACUACCAAUUACGAUUUCUCUCUGUAUACGAUGGACCCCCAUGAGAACAUCUUACUGAGCACUCUCGAGAUAAAAAAUGAAAUGGCCACAUCUGAGGCUGUGAUGGGACUUGGAGACCCCAGGAGCACGAUGCUGGCUUACGAUGCCUCCAGCAUUCAGUAUCGGAAAGCCGGAUUGCCCAGGCAUAGUUUUGGCAGAAAUGCUCUGGAACGACACGUGGCACAAAAGAAAAGUCGCCUGAGGAGACGCGCUUCCCAACUGAAAAUCACCAUCCCCGACUUGACUGAUGUGAAUGCCAUAGAUCGGUGGUCCCGCAUAUUCUUCCCAGUGGUUUUUUCCUUCUUCAACAUCGUCUAUUGGCUUUAUUAUGUGAACUAAAACAUAGCCUCCCAUGGGAAGCAAAGACUAGAUUCCUCCUCAAACCAGUUGUACAGCCUGAUGUAGGACUUGGAAAACACAUCAAUUCAGGACAAAAGUGAUGCUAAAAUACCUUAGUUGCUGGCCUAUCCUGUGGUCCAUUUCAUACCAUUUGGGUUGCUUCUGCUAAGUAAUGAAUACGCUAAGGUCCUUGUGGUUUUCCAGAGAAAGUGCAAGUGAUUUGUACACAUGCUGGCAAGAUUCAGUCUGAGUGUUCUACUUUACCUGUUUAGCUUGCAGCCUACGCGGAGAGGAAUUACUUAGAAGAUAUUCUUAGGAGGCUCAAUAGCAUUGUCAGUCAUUUCCCUGAGAAGUGGUCAUGUCCAGAUAUCCAUCUUCAUUUCUAUGAUUGGCAUGCUUUUGAGAUGGCACUGUGCUUAUGAACAUCAUCUGCAGUGCCGUGCAAACACGUUACUUGAAGAUGGUCUAUGCCUGUCUUAUGAAGGUGAUAAUGGUGUCAUGGGAAGAUGAUUCCCACUGGAUUCUAGAAGAUUCUCACUUAGUUGGAGCAGGAUAAGGAGAGUCAAGACA